AUGGAAGAUGUCGGUGGCCGAUUGAACGUUAUCUCGCAGCGUGCACUGCCACCAGGAGUUUGGGACAAGGUCUGUAGCAGACUGCUCCAUUUCAAGCGUCACCUCCAAGGGAACCUUGACGGCUUCGGCCAGGCCGAUGAAGAGAUUUUGAGCCUCGUCUCCGAAUUGGGUGGACCGUGGAUGGGCGAGUGUUUUGAGGAAGUGGUUGAGUAG